UCCUUCUCCACGCCCUUCCCUACGAGCACUUCCGAGGUCGAGGCCUGGAAGCGGCUGCGCGGACCCGGACGGCGACGGGACCUGCUCCCGAGAGAGCGGAACGCGGAGGCACCUCGCCGAGAACGAGCCGGAGGCGUCGUGUGAAGUUGCUCGGCUGAGGCGGACCCUGGGGACGCGGUGCCCGCUGCCGCCAUGUCUCGCGGCUCGAUCGAGAUCCCCCUCCGGGACACGGACGAGGUCAUUGAGCUUGACUUCGAUCAGUUACCGGAGGGGGAUGAAGUUAUAAGCAUUCUGAAACAGGAACAUACUCAACUGCACAUAUGGAUUGCUCUAGCGCUGGAAUAUUACAAGCAAGGCAAAACAGAAGAUUUUGUGAAACUGUUGGAGGCUGCUCGUAUAGAUGGAAACCUGGAUUAUAGAGACCAUGAAAAAGAUCAGAUGACUUGUUUAGAUACCUUAGCAGCCUACUAUGUACAACAGGCUCGGAAAGAAAAGAAUAAAGACAACAAGAAAGAACUCAUUACACAAGCUACACUGUUGUACACUAUGGCUGAUAAAAUCAUCAUGUAUGAUCAGAACCACUUAUUGGGAAGAGCUUGUUUCUGUCUUCUGGAGGGUGAUAAAAUGGAUCAAGCUGAUGCACAGUUUCAUUUUGUGCUCAACCAGUCUCCAAAUAAUAUUCCAGCCCUUCUCGGUAAGGCAUGCAUCUCAUUCAACAAAAAAGACUAUAGAGGGGCCCUUGCCUACUACAAAAAGGCACUGCGCACUAACCCAGGUUGUCCAGCUGAGGUUCGGCUAGGCAUGGGCCAUUGCUUUGUAAAACUGAACAAACUGGAGAAAGCUCGCCUUGCAUUCAGCCGGGCACUGGAACUCAAUUCCAAAUGUGUUGGGGCUUUAGUUGGAUUGGCUGUUCUGGAACUCAAUAAUAAAGAGGCGGAUUCCAUAAAAAAUGGCGUCCAGCUGCUUUCUAGAGCAUAUACAAUUGACCCUAGUAACCCUAUGGUGCUGAACCACUUGGCUAAUCACUUCUUCUUCAAAAAGGACUAUGGCAAAGUCCAGCACUUAGCUCUUCAUGCUUUCCAUAAUACAGAAGUUGAAGCAAUGCAGGCUGAGAGUUGCUACCAGUUAGCCAGGUCUUUCCAUGUUCAGGAAGAUUAUGAUCAGGCUUUCCAGUACUACUACCAAGCUACACAGUUUGCUUCCUCUUCUUUUGUGCUACCGUUUUUUGGACUUGGUCAAAUGUAUAUUUAUAGAGGAGACAAGGAAAAUGCAUCACAGUGUUUUGAAAAAGUUUUGAAGGCCUACCCUAACAAUUAUGAGACUAUGAAAAUUCUUGGAUCUCUCUAUGCUGCUUCAGAAGAUCAAGACAAACGAGAUACUGCAAAGGGUCAUUUGAAGAAGGUGACAGAACAGUACCCAGAUGAUGUGGAAGCCUGGAUUGAGCUAGCCCAAAUCCUAGAGCAGACAGAUAUACAGGGUGCUCUUUCUGCUUAUGGUACAGCAACACGAAUCCUUCAGGAGAAAGUUCAAGCUGAUGUCCCUCCAGAGAUCUUGAAUAAUGUGGGUGCUCUCCACUUUAGACUUGGAAACUUAGGAGAAGCAAAGAAAUAUUUCUUGGCAUCUCUUGACCGUGCUAAAGCAGAAGCUGAACAUGAUGAGCAUUACUACAAUGCUAUCUCAGUGACUACAUCCUACAAUCUUGCCAGAUUAUAUGAAGCAAUGUGUGAAUUCCAUGAAGCAGAGAAAUUGUACAAAAACAUCCUAAGGGAACAUCCUAAUUAUGUUGACUGCUAUCUGCGCUUAGGAGCGAUGGCUAGAGAUAAAGGAAACUUCUAUGAAGCUUCUGACUGGUUUAAAGAAGCACUUCAAAUCAAUCAGGACCAUCCAGAUGCUUGGUCCUUGAUUGGCAAUCUUCACUUGGCCAAACAAGAGUGGGGUCCAGGACAGAAGAAAUUUGAAAGAAUAUUGAAGCAGCCAUCAACUCAGAAUGACACUUACUCUAUGCUGGCUCUUGGCAAUGUGUGGUUGCAGACUCUGCACCAGCCCACCAGGGACAGAGAGAAGGAAAAGCGUCAUCAAGAUCGUGCACUAGCCAUCUACAAACAAGUACUCAGGAAUGACUCCAAAAACUUGUAUGCUGCUAAUGGCAUAGGAGCUGUACUGGCACACAAAGGAUAUUUCCGUGAGGCUCGUGAUGUUUUUGCCCAAGUGAGAGAGGCAACGGCAGAUAUCAGUGAUGUGUGGCUCAAUCUGGCACACAUUUAUGUGGAACAGAAGCAGUACAUCAGUGCUGUACAGAUGUAUGAAAACUGCCUAAGAAAAUUCUAUAAGCAUCAGAACACGGAGGUACUGUUGUAUUUGGCUCGAGCUCUCUUCAAAUGUGGCAAAUUACAAGAAUGCAAGCAAACAUUGCUGAAGGCUAGACAUGUAGCACCCAGUGAUACAGUUCUAAUGUUCAAUGUGGCCUUGGUGCUGCAGAGGCUGGCUACCUCUGUCCUGAAAGAUGAAAAAAGUAACCUGAAGGAAGUACUCAAUGCUGUGAAAGAGCUGGAGCUGGCUCACAGAUACUUCAGUUACUUGAGCAAAGUGGGAGAUAAAAUGAGAUUUGAUUUGGCACUUGCUGCAACUGAAGCCAGGCAGUGUUCUGAUCUGCUGAGUCAGGCUCAGUAUCAUGUGGCUCGGGCUCGUAAGCAGGACGAAGAAGAGCGGGAGCUGCGAGCGAAACAAGAGCAAGAAAAAGAACUACUGCGCCAGAAGUUGCUCAAAGAACAGGAAGAAAAACGCCUCAGGGAAAUAGAAGAACAAAAGAAACUUUUGGAACAGAGAGCACAGUAUGUGGAGAAGACCAAGAAUAUUCUUAUGUUCACUGGAGAAGUUGAAGGAUCUAAAGAGAAAAAACGUGGUGGAGCUGGCCGGCGUUCCAAACGAACUGGAGAAUUUGAUGAAUUUGUCAAUGAUGACAGUGAUGAAGAUCUCCCAGUGUCUAGAAAGAAAAAGAGGAGAAAGGGUAGCGGUAGCGAACAAGAUGGUGAGGAAGAAGAGGGGGAGAGAAAGAAAAAGAAGCGACGAAAACCCCAAAAGGCAGGUGAUGGUACUGAUGAUGAUGAAAAUGACAGUGCACCCAGACCUAAAAAACGUCGCCCAGCAAAGACAGAGAAGAAAAAAGCACCAAAGCCAGAACGACUGCCUCCUUCAAUGAAGGGUAAAAUCAAAUCUAAAGCCAUCAUUUCAUCAAGCGAAGACUCAUCUGAUGAAGAUAAGCUCAAGAUUGCUGAUGAUGGGAAUGCCAGGAACAGCAACAGUGAUUCCGAUGAUGCUGAGCAACCACGCAACAAGCGCGUCAUGUCUGACAGUGAUUCGGACAAUAGCAAUAAGUCUGGCAGCGAAGGGGGCAGUCCCAGGCGAUCCAGCGCCCGCCCUUCUGAUGAGGAUUCAGACAGUGAUGGGUCAGCAAGAAAGAGGAGGCGAUCCGAAUCUGAACAGUCUGACAACGAAUCUGUGCGCUCAGGGAGAAGUCCGUCUGUGCGCUCGGGGAGAAGUCCGUCUGUGCGCUCAGGGAGAAGUCCGUCUGUGCAGUCAGGGAGAAGCCACUCAGGUGGCUCUGAGAAUGAAUCUCGCCCAGCUUCUCGCAGUGCUGAUUCUGACAGAGAUUCUGACAGGGCAUCUGAUCAUGGGGGCUCAGGUAACGAGUCUGAGCCAGAGGCAUCCAACAAUGAAGGAUCUGAACGCGGCUCGUACGGCGGAUCAGAUGACAGUGAUUAGAUUUCAGUUGCAACCUGUUUUAUUAACUGCUUUGUAAAUAUAUUUUGGUCCAAGAGGGGGGGGGAAGAGGAGGGUAUCCAUAUUUUAUAUUUGAAAACUGUGAUUUAAAAACCUGGACAGCUAUGUUUUAGGGAAAAGUAUAUAUUAAAAAAAAAGCUGAAACAUUUCCUAUAACAUUUUUUCUACUGAACUAUACACUUGCCAGGGUUCAUCUACAGUAUCUACUUGCAUUCUGUACUUGGAGGUCAAUGUGCUGUAUUGGGGGUUAAGAAGCUUACUUUAUCAGAGUGCACAUAAGAUCUGAAGAAACAAAAUACCAAGAUAGUUAUCCUGCAUCCAGAUAUGUUUGCUUAAGACCUUCUGGAACAAAUGGUACUUAAGCAAAUUUAACUGAGUGGAAGGCUGUAGCUCAUGCUGUCUUGCCUAGUCUGAUCAAGUGUACUUUUUCAAAAUUAUAUAUGUGAAAAGGGAUUUUGGUAGAACUCCCAUGAAUUUCUCAAGUGAUAUAAAAAAUGUUUGGGUUUACAGAGUAGUCCUUCAGGUUAUGUAGCUCUUAUAAAGUAUAGUUUUACGUUUUGUUAAAGUACGUAUGUGCUGUAGCAAAAUGCCUAAAAUUGAACAAAAUGUAUAAAAAUAAUGCUAUGGAAACAUAGAUGAAUGUCAGAUUUGAGACUUGGCAGUUUUUAAAGAAAUGAUAAAUUAAGAGGCCUCCUUAGAGUGAAAAGAUCUGUUUAUGGCAUCUAAUAAAAGCUGUUGCUGCCAUCUGG